AUGAUGAUGAUACGUGGGACUCACUCGUCUGGCUACCUCCCGCUCGGUCGAGAGGGGCACCGCACGAUUGUUACUGUCGUCUGUUGUGAUCUGAGUCGGGAGCGAGGUUUCGAGGUUGUUUUAGUGGUGGACACGAGCCACUCACCCGGUUUUGCACAGCUUUGGACAAGCCGCGCAGCAGCUGAGAGAGCGGCUGAGGGCGCCCGACACGACGACUUGGUCAUGCUGAAGUAUUGUAUGUGUCACGGGGAUGAAGCGGAGUGGUUUGCGCGGCAUCUCUAG